CAGUCCCAUAAAUAUGAACUUGACGGACAAGAACAAAACAGUCACCCCAUAAUGAUGUUCUUCAAAUCCCAGAAUUUCCUCCAUCUCUUGAAAUCAUACUAUUACUCCAUUGAAAUUGCUUCUUCCUCCUCUACUUUAUUCAACCACCAACAAUGGCGGACAAUUACCAAAGUCCGAUUAAAAUGGGUGAAAAACAAAUCCAUCGAUCACAUUAUCGACAAAGAAACCGAUCUUAAAGCUGCCAUGCUUCUCAAAGACGCCAUUAAACGCUCUCCAACUUCAUUCAUCACUGCCAAAACAAUUGCCGAUUGGCAGAAACUUUUGGGCCUUACUGUCCCUGUUCUUCGAUUUCUCCGAAGGUACCCAACUCUUUUUCAUGAAUUCCCUCAUUCUCGUUACCCUAGUUUACCUUGUUUUAAACUUACUGAAUUAGCUUUAACUUUAGACCAGCAAGAACACUCAAUUUAUGAAAAUGAUGAAAAUUCUAUCAUUGAAAGGCUUUGUAAAGUUCUUAUGAUGACGAAAUCUAAGUCUGUACCUUUACAAUCAUUAUAUUGUUUGAAAUGGGAUCUGGGUUUACCUGAUUUUUUUGAAAAAACUUUUGUUUCCAAGUACCCAGAUCAUUUUAGGGUUUCUAAAGGGUGUAAUGGAUUACCCUUUUUGAGUCUUGUGCAAUUAAGGGAUGAAUAUGCUGUUUCUGCUUUACAAAAGAGUGGUGAGAAUAGUGAAUUAGGUAUUGAUUAUUGGCAAUUUAAGAAGGGUCAAACAGCUUUAGCUUUUCCUAUGAAGUUUCCUAAGGGUUAUGGGUAUCAAAAAAAGGUUAGGGCUUGGAUGGAGGAAUUUCAAAAAUUGCCUUAUAUUUCCCCAUAUGAGGACUCUUCUAGGCUUGAUCCUAAGAGUGAGCUAAUGGAGAAACGAAAUGUCGGUGUAUUGCACGAGUUUUUGAGCUUGACUAUCCAUAAGAAGACUAAGAGAAAUUAUAUGAGAAGUUUGAGAGAGGAAUUGAAUCUUCCUCAUAGGUUUACUCGAAUUUUUACUAGAUAUCCAGGGAUUUUUUAUCUGUCUUUGAAGUGUAAGACUACAACUGUUACUCUUAAGGAAGGCUAUCAAAGUGGUAAACUAGUUAAUCCUCAUCCGUUAGCUCGUGUUAGGGAUAAAUUCUACUAUGUAAUGAGAACCGGACUUCUUUAUCGCGGUAAAGGUGUGAAGGUUUUGUCGCCACAAGAUUGCUUGAUUGAUGAUGUUAUUGAGGAUGGAAAUGGAGAUGAGGUCGGUGAUAAUAUGGACGAGGAGGAGCAUGAGAUGGAGGAAUACUGGGAGGAGGAAACUGAAAGUUCAGAUGAAGAUCCGGAAAAGUAGCCGAUUGAACCUCACACAAAUUCUAAGCAUAAAGGUUUGCCAGUAAUGCUGUUCUGCAGCAGGCCGUAGACAGACGGUGCAUAUCCGGCUGCAAAAAUCAGUGUCUUCCUACUUACUAAGACCAAAAAUUUCCUCCUGACAUUGGCUUAUUCCGUACACAAUGCAGCAUGUGUUGUGGUAUUCUGUAUCUGAAGUACCAAGCCUUGAAGGAAUAAGAAUAUAAGAUUAUCGGCUACAUUCAUCCAAUCCAAUGAUGAAUACACGAAUCUCAUAUUAGAGAAAUGAAAUAAGCUUACAAUUGGGUACAUCUGUUAUGUUUGCUUUCUUACCAGAACAAUGAUGUUGUAGAAGAACUCUUCUGAUUUAAAUGUUAAGAAUCCUUGAUGAACACACAAAAUGAGACGCUUAGGCUGUAACGAACUAAGUAGAUUGUAUUCAAUAUAGAUUUUUCGUAAAAAGUUUUAAUGGUAUAAACAAAGUACACUAUGGCCUGAGUUCUAAAACAAAAAUAUUUAACUAAAUUUUUCAUUAUUUACAAAUAUUACUCCAUAGCCUUGAAAAAUUCUAAGAAAAAUUUCCAUACAGUAAUAUUUACAUUUACUAUUCCAACAGAACAGUAAUUUGGAACAAAAUGUUUCAUGUAUCAUGGGGAGUGCUUAUUCAGGCUUACAACCCCAAAAGGCCAUUUCUGCUGAUAAAAAACGCCAGCAUUUAUUAUCACCUAGAAAAUUUAUACAAUAAAGUGACAGUAAUUUUUUCAAUAUCAGAAACUAAUAAAAAAAAAACAGGUCACCAAGCUAAAGAAAAUAGUAGC